AUGGCCAUGCCAUUGGCCCUCGGUCUACGGUACCGCACCACCUUCAUCGACGUCAGUGAGUGUAUUUCUACCUUUGAUCUGCCGAUUAUCACACGUGCCAAGAGCGCGCCAUGUUUGAAGAUCGAGAAGGACAGCGACCUUGAGUUCAUGAAGCUGUCGGUGGGAGCUCUCAGUCAACGUGCGCAGCAGCUGCAUGUGCUCCUGAUGAGGGGCGAGAAGGCGAUCGCAAUCCACUGCACAGGCACGGAGCACUUUGAAUCUGAGCAGCCCAUCGAGACGGCAUCCAGGAACGAGACAGCUGAUGCUAAGCCAGCGGAGAGCGCAGCGCCCAAACAGUUUCUGGAGUUGGGUCACUUCAUCAUCAUCAUCAUCACCAGCUCUGGAAGUAUGGGCCACCCCGAGAUUUGCCGGCGCCCGUGCAAGUACUUUGCCACAGGGGUGUGCGCCAACGGGCAGGCCUGUCAGUACUGCCAUUUGCCCCACAGCCAGCGAGCAGCACAUCUGGACAAGAGGCAGCGAGAGGUGCUGAACAAAAUGUCAGAGAAGGAGCUCAUUGCGUUGGUCCUGCCGUAUUUGGAGGCGAAGUCUCAGACCCACGGCUUCCAGAGCGAAGCCGCGGAGAUCUUGGGGCUCCUACGGCACCGUGGAUCCUUUGCGCCAGGUCAGCCUUUGCCGAUGCCAGAGAUGCCCCGAAAGCUUUGGGCGAAGUUCGAGUACAUGCUGCAGAAGAUGCCGUUCCAGGCAUUGGUGGGCUUGACGAUCAAAACACGAGGGGACUUUGCCGAGCAUAUCUCAGAUACCUCUGGCACUCUUCGCUUCUACCAAGGGCGGGAGUGCCACCUCGCGAGGCUUGGCCAGAAGCAGAUGGAAAUGAUCGAGGACCUUUGCAAAAGUCACGAGCACGAAGUGGGCGGCCAGCUCAUGCUGCUGGUGGCCGACGUGUCGCACAUGUUGAAGAUGCUCCUGGGCGUGGAGAUGGACUUCGCCAUUAACGAUGCGGUGACGCAUGCUUGGGGACAAGAGACCUGGCCGGACACCCAUGUCACCCACGAGCAGUUUGCGGGGAUCGUCUCCUGGUACGUGAAGCGACGAGAGCGGGACUGGAAGGUGCUGGAAGGCAUCUUUGACCUUUUGGGCCACUCCAACCUCAUACAGGGCCUGAAUUGUGACAACCUCCAGGACUGCCGAAACAGACACUCGGACGACUGCCUAGCGGACACUACCGAAAACCAGGAGAUGCUGUGGGCUGCGGAUUGGAUUCGACGAGGGCAAGGCGGCGGGGACGAGCUGGACACAUGCAGCCUCCUCACCGUGUUCCUCACCAACCUCCAAAGGGGCAAAGGGAGGCUGCCUCCCAAGUGCGUGCUCGAUAGCGAAGGCGUGCGCCCCAAGAGGGCCUGGGACCGGCACAGGGACAAGGCCAUGCGCCGCAAGGACUCCUCGAACCUGUCGCGGCAGUCCUUCUCCAGGCACAUCAGCCCUGAAAAGGAGUCAGUGGAGUCAGAAGGUCCGGAAUGGGCGCGAUGCGUGCUGGACCACUUCGAGAGGCCCAACUCCUCGAAAAGCGCUUGCGUGGUGGUCUACUUCAUGAAUUGCGUGACGGUGGUUUCAGUGCUUUGCAUCAUCUUGGAGCCCAUGAUCUCCGGCAGAACCGAGGAGCACACGGACGAAGAGUACCGAAUCUGGCUGGGCUUCGAUAUCUUUUUUGCGGCGGCCUUCACGAUUGAGCUGCUGGCGCGGCUGAUGGCUAACAUCGCCAUCAAGCCCGGCUGCGGGACGUUCUGGGACUUCUUCACCGACCCUAUGAACCUCCUCGACUUCAUCGCGGUGACGGAGAUCUACUUGGAUCACCUCAUCCGCUUGCCGAUCUUGCGAACGCUGCUGCUGGAGCGGUUCGCACGGCUCUCGCGGGUGGUGAAGCUCUGCAAGUUGAAGACCUAUGGGUGCCCUUUCCUGGCGCCUUUGACCGCGACGCUGGUGGUGAUUCUGGGUACUUACAUGCUUCACCUCGAGGAGCUGGUUUGA